AAGGCAGCAGGUCCCUGCCCAGGCCUCAUGGCGCUGGCUCCUGCUGACAUCCUGCUUGACGUGUGUGCCAGGGAGUGUGGGAUUUGCUACGAGGCCUACAAAGCGGCUUCCAAGUGGCGGGUGCCGAAGCUGCUGCUGUGCCACCACUCGCUGUGCCUCUCCUGCCUCAGGAAGCUGGUCUGCCAGGCCCGGGCCAUCUCCUUUGUGGUCUGCCCCUUCUGCAGGACGGUGACCCUGGUGCCCGAGCAGGGGUUGCAGGCCCUGCAGAACGACGAGGACAUUCUGCGGGAGGCAUGGGCCCCGUGCAGCCUGCGCAGCCCUGGGGUCCUGGCGGGGGCCAGCUCAGCCCCAGGGGAGGAGGAGAGGGAGGAGAAGGAGGAGGACGAGGCGGCCCCCAGCACCUCGGAGUACUCCACAAGCGCUUCCUCUCUCUCCCUGGACAUGGAGUUUAACUACGUGACCCGUUCGUCCAUCUUCACCAUAAGCAGCGUGGUCUCCCCGUACGGCUUGGCGGUGCCGGGCAGCCCCAGGGCCUGGAGCGGGCUCCACAUGCAGGAGGUGCAGAAUGCUUUCUUGGUGGGGCUCCCAGGCCAAGCAGCGUCCGUGGAUGCUCAACCACCCAUCUCCUCGGUGGAGAAUCUGCGCCUGUGCUUCGCCAUGGGCAUCCUCAUCCUCAUCAUCUCCGUCUUCUUUCUGCUGGUGUUCCUGAAGUAG